AUGCUUCCAUCCGUGCAGGAGGGCGCCAGGGUCGAUAGAUCCCACGGAGAGCGAAACGCCCAUCGUUUAUUCAAUCGCUACGGGCUGUCGUUGAAGGUUCCUAUAUCGACCCUGGAAAUCCCGAAAUCCGAAGACAAUGAACCACUUUCAAUCCCAUAUCUACGGGUUCGAGAUUAUGUGGAUACUCUGUUGAACAAGAAGAAGUAUGAGCAGGUUCUCCUAGGAGGAUUGAAAGUGGGGCCGCAAGCCGAGGCUUUGAAUGCUAACUUUUGGGCUCGCUACAGAUUCACCAAUCCAGACCACGUUGUUUUCCAGGUUCCAGAACAUGAAAGAAAACACUACAUUCCCAUAUUGCUACACGGAGAUAAGGGGCGCACGCUGCAAAAGUCGCCGAUCUUCGUAGCUUCCUGGGAAACACCGUAUGGGUUGGAUCCCCAACUCUUGAAGAAAUGCUCAUACGACUGCAAGUCUUAUCUCAGAAAGCAGUUUGCGGAUGGAAAGCUCAAGUGGAGUUGCGGUAAGCGAGUGGAGAAGUCUGGCAUGAAGCGAAAAUAUGCUGCCAUGCAUGAAUGCACAAUGCAAUCGAGCCCUGGCUGCCCUGGAGGGUCUAAGUUGAAGCAUGAGCGACCUGACUCCCACCAAAAGCACAAUUCCAAAGGACACUCCUACGUUAGCCGGUGGCUGAUCGCUGCAAUCCCGUCGAAAGUUUACAACCGCAAUGCAGAUGCAUUGCAAAGUCUCCUCAGAGAGGUGGCUUCCGAACUCACCAGUCUCUUCAAAGACGGGAUACUUCAUGAGGCUUCUGGGUCUCGUUUCCAUUUCGCCUACAUCGGUGUGAAGGGCGAUGCUGAAUUCCACUGGGAAGCUGGUGAGUUCAACAGAUCUUACCUCAACACCGGAACAAAGAAAGACAUCAUGAUCUGCCCCCAAUGCGAAGCAGGGGCUCCGGGAUUGAGUUUCACGGACUGCAGCGACAGUCCAGGGUGGGCAGCCACCGUCGGCACCAGCGAUCCAUGGGAUGCUCCACCGCCGUUGCACAAUAUCCCUUAUGCUAGCAAGAACCCCGCAUCCGCUUAUUUGUUCGACCCGUUCCACGUCCUGAAGUAUGGAGUGUUCAGAGAUUGCAUCGCGAGCAUCGUGGUACGUUUGUGUGCCAUGGCUUAUUUUGACUUCGAGCCUUCUGAUUUGAUCGGCAUCGAACCAAGACUCGAGCGAGCCUAUGGGAUGUACAGAUUAUGGGCUCUUGCUGAAGGCAAGAAUCCAACCCUGAAGAAGUUCACCAAGAAUAAUUUCAAUUUCGAGAAGUACAGCAAGUUUGCUUGGGUGAACUGCAAGGGUAGCGAGUCGACAAUGUUGCUGCAAUGGCUGCAAGCGCAGAUCAGCAUCUUUCUGAAUGCAGAGCCUAAACAGGCAGGGGAUGUUAUCACUCUUAAGGCCAUGGCUCAAACUAUUGAAGGUGCUCUGACAUUCACUGGAGUGAUGCAUUCGCAUGGCCUCUGGCUACCCAGAGCUUGCUCUCAGCUGCUUGUGGACUCCGGACAUUCGUUUCUUCGCGGCUACAAUUAUCUUGCCCAAGAUUGUAUCGAUCGUCUGGUGACGGGGUUUAGGCUCAGACCCAAACUUCAUUAUAUGGCACAUUUUAUCCUGGACCAACAGGUGCAGCUGGGCAGGGGCGCUGAGUUUACGCUUUCGCCGGCAAUAGCAUUGUGUGAACAAAACGAAGACUUUAUAGGGCGCCAAGCGAGGGUCUCACGACGUGUAGCGGCGAGAACGUGCAGUUUGCGCACAAUUCAAAGGUACCUCGUGAAAAUGAGAUCGCUUCUCGAGAAGAUGUUGCCGGAAUGA